UAUAACACGGAGGAGGUGUCGAUCGCUCGGCACAGAACGCACCUGCCCUCGCUUUGGGUAGGAUCUCGACUCGACGUUCACAGUGAUUGCUACGAGUUUGUCCGGUUAUCGCGUGGAUUUGUGCUCGAGUUGGAGGUUACCAAGAACUGAUACCCAGAUAUAGAGAUAGAGAACGAGGGAUUAUCUUUGAUAUAUACGUGACAUCGAUCAGUGAGUUUGUGAUUGAGUCAGUGGACUGAUGUCGGUCCCCAGCUCAGUGCAGUGCCGUGCCAAGUGGAUGGUUGAUCGAAGAUUUUGAAUUAUUCGGGAUUCGUACGCGACGACAUCGACUGCAAACAUGAUCCUGACGCCGGAUAGCAGUGCUCAGGCAACAGUGGCGACGUCCCCGGCACCAGAAUCGCCGAUUUCGAACAUCUCGUCGCAUGGUUCGCGCGCGUUCGCUGCGUCGCGCAUGUCCUGCGUCUCUCAGGGCAUGUCUGGGGCUUAUCACGUGGCCCAGUUGCCCCAUCAUCUCAGCCCCAACAUGCCUACCAUGGACUCUACUGUUUCGUCGGCGAAACCGGAGCCCGAAUUGAACAUAGAAUUCGACGGGACCACCGUGUUGUGCCGCGUUUGUGGGGACAAGGCGUCCGGUUUUCACUAUGGAGUACACUCCUGCGAAGGCUGCAAGGGAUUCUUCCGGCGGAGCAUUCAGCAGAAGAUACAGUAUCGGCCCUGCACCAAGAACCAGCAGUGCAGCAUCCUGCGAAUCAACAGGAACCGCUGCCAAUAUUGCCGUCUCAAGAAGUGCAUCGCCGUCGGCAUGAGUCGCGAUGCGGUGCGAUUCGGCCGUGUGCCCAAGCGCGAGAAGGCCAGGAUUCUGGCUGCCAUGCAGCAAAGCUCCCACAGCCGUUCUCAAGAGAAGGCAGUAGCCGCCGAGCUGGAGGACGAGCAACGGCUCCUCGCUACCGUUGUGCAAGCUCACCUCGACACAUGCGACUUCACCAGAGACAAAGUGGCACCGAUUCUCGUCCGAGCUCGCGAGACGCCCAACUACACCGCGUGUCCGCCAACCUUGGCAUGCCCGCUGAACCCUAAUCCGCAACCGUUGACUGGCCAGCAAGAGCUGCUCCAAGACUUCUCGAAGAGGUUCUCGCCGGCGAUUCGCGGCGUGGUGGAAUUCGCGAAACGCAUUCCUGGCUUCAGCCUGCUGGCUCAGGACGACCAGGUCACGUUGCUCAAGGCUGGCGUGUUCGAGGUGUUGCUCGUGCGACUGGCCUGCAUGUUCGACGCCCAGACGAAUAGCAUGAUCUGUCUGAACGGCCAGGUGCUCAAACGGGAGUCCAUCCACAAUAGCAGCAACGCGAGAUUCCUCAUGGACUCGAUGUUCGAUUUCGCCGAGAGGGUGAACUCGCUGAGACUGUCCGACGCCGAGCUUGGUCUCUUCUGUUCCGUGGUGGUGAUCGCCGCGGACAGGCCAGGGCUUCGCAACACCGAAUUAGUCGAGCGUAUGCACAACAAGCUGCGAAACGCUCUUCAAACCGUAUUGGCUCAAAAUCAUCCUCAGCAUCCCGAUAUCUUGAGGGAGCUUUUGAAGAAGAUCCCAGAUCUGAGAACCCUGAACACCCUCCACUCGGAGAAACUGCUGGCGUUCAAGAUGACCGAGCAGCAGCAGCAGAUGCAGGCCCAACAGCAGCACCAGCAGCAGCAGCAACAACAGACGCAACACGUGAUCAACGCUCAGCAACCGCAGCAGCAACACUGGCCCAUGGAGGAGGAACCACCCGCGUCCUGGGGUUCGGCCUCAGAUGUCACCCUGGACGAGGCCGUCAAGAGUCCCUUGGGCAGCGUUUCCAGCACCGAGAGCACCUGCAGCGGCGAGGUCGCCUCCCUGACGGAGUACCACCACGUCGCUCCUCCCAGCGGACAUCACGCGACCAGUGCGCCCCUUUUAGCGGCCACCUUGGCGGGAGGUCUUUGUCCUCAUCGUCGACGGGCGAACUCUGGCAGCACGAGCUCGGGCGACGACGAACUCCAUCGCGCGUCCCUGUCCAAGACACCUCAGCCGCCCCAGUGUCCGCGAUUCCGCAAGCUGGACUCUCCCAGCGACAGCGGCAUCGAGUCGGGAACGGAGAAGCCCGACAAACCCGCGAGCAGCAGCGCGAGCAGCGCGCCCACCUCCGUUUGCUCCAGUCCACGAUCCGAGGACAAAGAAGUCGAGGACAUGCCGGUGCUGAAGCGAGUCCUUCAAGCGCCACCGCUCUACGACACCAAUUCCUUGAUGGACGAGGCGUACAAGCCUCACAAGAAGUUUCGCGCUCUGCGUCAGAAGGACAGCGCGGAGGCCGAGCCAGCCGUGAUCGUGCAGCACACGCAAUCCCAGCUGCACCUGCAUCUGACCUCGCCGCCGGCGCGAAGUCCCUCCAACCAAAUGCCGCCCCAGUGCCCGCAGACGGCGAGUCUGCUCAGCAGCACGCACUCCACCUUGGCGAGGAGCCUGAUGGAAGGACCGCGGAUGACGGCCGAGCAGAUGAAGCGCACGGACAUCAUCCAUAACUACAUCAUGCGCGGGGAGAGCAGCCCCAGGUCGCCAGCCGCGUCGCCAUCGCCGGCGGAGCAAUGCGCUUCCACAACCACGAUGACCGCGCGCUCGCCCCAAGGGACCCAGGGUCUUCUUCAGUGCGCCACCAGCAGCUACUCCACGACCAGGUGGCCGGCCACAUCCGUGAUCACGACGACGACCGGUGCCCGACAGCAGCAGCAGCAGCAGCAACAGCAGCAGCAGCAGCAACACCAGCAACAACAACAGCAGCAGCAGCAGCAGCAUCAACAGCAGUCUUCCUCGGACUAUCUAAUGCUCGGGAACUCGCCUGCCUCGUCGCCGAGGUAUCUGUCCGCGGCGGCGACGAGUAGUACGAGCACGAGUCCAAGGCCCACCUCGAGCACGGCGGCGAAAUUGAUGCUCUCCGGUUGCCCAAGCAACAUGAUGGAGCUUCAAGUGGACAUCGCCGACAGCCAGCAGCCGUUGAACCUGUCGAAGAAGUCGCCGUCCCCGUCGCCCAGGCCGCUCGUAGGACCCUGCAAAGCUCUGUCCCUCGAGGCGUAGUGGUCUCGCGACGUAGCAGCAGUUUCUCGCGAGCGUUGGUAACCCUGCCAAAAGGGGACGUUAUUUUUUUUUCUCUUUUGGGACGCAUCGGAGGCCAUCGAGCGCGACGAGCAUAUAUCCGUCGUUCUGUGUCCGUGUCGCGAGCCGCGCGGGCCUCCGUUUCCGAGACAAGUAUGAAAGUGCCAGGACGCUCUGAGCGCGUGAUAAACCAAAUAAUUUAUUAAUUUAAACUAUUAAUCGAUAAUUGCGCGGGACACGACGGAGAGAGACGGUAGGAGGUGGCGGAAAUACCGUACGUCCAGGCCUCCUUCGCGUACACGACCCCUCCGUGUCGUAUUUAUGAAAGGAUUAUUUCCGUUCUCCAAGAUGGUGUGGUGAAAACCGGAAAUGGACGAAAACCGAACGAAUGGAACGAACGCUCGAGUAACGAAAGAUCAGUGCCGUUCCCGGGAGCAAACAGUGCCGUGUAGGAUUUACCUGUCCACCUAAAGGAAAGCUACCUACCUACCACCCCCGUUUACCUAUCUACCACCCAACGACGAUAACGACGUUAUUCGGAGACUCGUCUGGAACGAUAGCGUUAUCGAACGGUAAAAACAAGGAGGCGAGAGAAGCAGUAAGACGAGAAAGAUUGAAUGUUACAGAAAUUAAUAAUCUAUCUACAUGUGAUAAUCAUGGAAAUCGCGCAUCCUGUACAGUCUCCACCUCAUUCAUCGAUCAUCUUACUCUACUAUAAUUAUUGAAUAUUAUAAAAGUAAUUAAUAUUAUUGUAACAUGUGUAAGGUAUAAUAAUCGUAAAAGUUAUCAUCUUGUGUAUGUGCGCGUAGGGAAAAGAGAAACACGAGUGUGCGAGAGAAAGAGGACAAACAAAAAAGAGUGCGAGAGAGAGAGCGUGCAUGGAUUCGACCAGGAAACAAGAACGAAUGGUAAAAACGCGUGAGAGCGUGCUUGUGCAAGUGAGUCGGGGCAAACAAAGUAAAAAAAAAAAAAAAUAAAAAAAAAUGAAAAUAUAUCGCAUUGCAAACGAGGAUAAAAAGAAAAAAGAAAACACAUAGAAAUAACGAAGAGAAAAGCGCUUUUCGAUCAACUCCGUUGACGAAAAGCGCGACGAGGAAAAACAGCGAGCGCUGUCGCGAUCAUUUUAAAGAAAGAAACGAAAACGAACGUUUUGUUAACAUGAGACUGACACGGCCCGCCGCGGCCCCCCCCCUCCGCCAAGAGUUUGCAAUCAACCGUACCUUUAAUCGCGAACCCGCGUGUCCGUGCCUCUCUGACGGGCGAACGAGCCGAGAACCAACCAAAACGGUCUAUCCGAUUUCUGAUUCGCGUCGAGAAAACCUUAGGUAAUCGUAGAACACAGAGGGUGACAGACAGACAGAACCCGCGUUUUAUCGAGUCAGAACAACGGGUGAUAAGAGACGUUGGAGGUGAAGAAAGAGAGCAACAGAGAGAGAGAGAGAGAGAGAGAAAAUGUAAAUGGUACGAGACAAGAGUCAACGUUUGAGCGAUAGAGAGCGAGAUAGAGUGAACGUACGCGUAUGUGUGAGAGUGAGAGAAAGCAUAGAGAACGACGAAGAGAGAAGAGGAUACAGAGAGAAGGUAGAGAGUGCGAGAAAGAGAGAAGUCGCGUGCAACUUAGAUCCGGCGCGGAAUGUAAAUAGUAAAUUCGUAAGACUAGGUUGUAGGUGUCGCGAGUGGACGAGGUUUUUUUUUCUUCUUUUUUUGCUGUUGAGAAAAGAAACACUCUGCGAGAAAGAGGUAAACGAGAGAUAAUGAGAGAAAGGAAACGAAGAUACGCGGCGGGCCGCCGCUGACGUGUUGUUGAGACGCCCGCCCCGCCCCCCUUUUGCGCUCCCCCGUUUGAUCAGCCGGGAGGAUAUCGGUACAGGUGAGAAACGCGAAAAAAAGUAAAAAAAAAAAAAGAA